AUGGCAGUUCCGCCAUUGUCACCCCCUCUCUCUUCGCCUUCGCUCACCAAGGUCACUUCGUCCCCAUGGCACAAUGGUGACCGCUCAUUCCUCGACGCGGACAUCCCCGAUCUCGUCAGCCAGCUGAGCCGGCAGGAGAAGAUCAAGUUGCUCGCUGGCGCCGACUGGUGGCAUACUCACCCCGUCCCCCGUCUGAACAUUCCGGGUGUUAAGGUCAGCGACGGACCCAAUGGUGCGCGUGGAGCGUCAUUUGCCGAGCAGACCGCCGGCAUGUGCAUUCCGAAUGAGACCGCACUCGCAGCCACCUUUGCGCCCAAGCUGGUGCACGCCGCCGGUGGCCUUCUGUCCCGCGAAACCAAGGACCGCGGCGCUGUCGCCCUCCUUGCGCCGACGACCAACAUCCAACGCUCGCCACUCGGCGGCCGCUCGUUUGAGAGCUUCACCGAGGACCCCAUUCUGAGCGGUAUCAUGGCUACGGCUUACAUCAAUGGCCUCCAGGAGAAUGGUGUGGCGGCUGUUCUCAAGCACUGGGUUGCCAACGACAUUGAACACGAGCGCACCGCCGUCAGCUCCGAGGUGUCGGAGCGUGCUCUCCGCGAGGUGUACAUGCGCCCCUUCCAGAUUGCUGUUGCAGAGGCAAACCCUCUCUCCAUCAUGUCGUCGUACAACCGUGUCAACGGUGUGCAUGUCGGCGACUCGAAGGAGCUCCUCGAUGGUGUCCUGCACAAGGAGUGGGGAUGGGAUGGCAUGAUCAUGUCUGACUGGUUUGGCACGUACUCUGUUGACACUGCUAUUCUUGCUGGUCAAGACAUUGAAAUGCCCGGAACUGCAAAGUGGCGCACACCUUUCCUCGUCGAGCACUGCCUCGCUUCCCGCAAGCUUCACGAGCGCGACAUUGACGCGCGUGUCACCAAUGUACUCAAGUUUGCGCAGCGUGUAGCCCGUCUCUCUCCUGAGACCGUCUACGGUGACGACAUUGAGGUCACAGGAGACCGCCCGGACGACCGCGUGCUGCUCCAAGAGCUUGGCGCUCGUGCUUGUGUCUUGCUCAAGAACGAGCGUCAAGCGCUCCCUCUUUCGAACGGCGGCGUCAAGCGCAUCGCCGUCAUUGGGCCCCGUGCCCUCGAUAAGACUGUGUUUGGUGGUGGCUCGGCCCAGCUCAACGUCACCUACGUCGUCACCGUGCUCGAUGGUAUUCGUGCUGCGGCCCCCGAAGGCGUCGAGGUCCAGUACGCGCUCGGUACUCCGAGUCACAAGAUGCUGCCAUACCUGGACGGCAUUCUUCGCGAUGACGGUCAACCUGGUGCCGACAUGCGCCUGUACACUUCGCUGGCUCCUGGCUCCUCUGCCGUGCAUCACUACCGCCGCGAGGCGUCUCACGUACUCCUCAACGACGGUGUGCCUGCCGUUCUCGAUGGUCAAGACUGGUACGGUAUCAUGAGUGGAACCUGGACUGCCAGUACAACUGGCCUCUUCCAGUUUUCCAUUUCCGUCUGCGGUCGUGCCAAGCUGUUCGUCGACGGCAAGCUCGUCGUCGACAGCUGGAAUGUUCUGCAGUACCCCGGCGAGACAUUCUUCGGCCAGGGCACGCUGGAGGAGUUUGGUACUGUCGACGUUGUGGCUGGCCAAGAGUACAAAAUCCACUGCGAGUACUCCAACAUCCCUGGUGUUAUGAGCGGUGGCAACGAAACUGGCCAGAUUCUCAACUUUGGUGUGCGCAUUGGCGGAUUCCCCGUGGUUGACCCCGACGCGGCCAUGGCCGAGGCCGUCGAGCUCGCCAAGAAUGUUGACGCUGUCGUGCUCGCUGUUGGCCUCAACCCGGACUUUGAAAGCGAGAGUUACGACCGCCCAGACCUCUCGUUGCCCAUGCGCACCAACGAGCUUGUGGCCAAGGUCGCCGCCGCCAACCCACGCACGAUUGUGGCCGUUCAGACCGGCUCAUGCGUGAGCAUGCCGUGGGUCGACGACGUGGCCGCGAUUGUCCAGGCGUGGUACGGCGGCAACGCCGCUGGUGCCGCUCUUGCCGACGUUAUCUUUGGAAAGGUCAACCCUUCGGGUCGCCUACCCCUCACCUUCCCUGUGCGUGAAGAGGACAUUGCGGCUCACGGCAACUUCUGCUCCGCCAACGGUAAGGUUCUGUAUACCGAGGACCUCGCAGUCGGGUACAAGUGGUUCCUUGAACGCAAGAUUACCCCACUUUUCGCAUUCGGCCACGGUCUUUCGUACUCUUCGUUCAAGUACAGUGCCAUGGACGUUAAGCGUGAUGGCCUCAACCUCGACUUCACAUUUACCAUCACCAACACUGGCGGAGUGGCGGGAACCACCUCGGCGCAGCUGUACCUCUCUUCUCCUCCAGCUCCCAUUGCUCACCCUGUACGCCACCUCGGAGGCAUCGCCACCACGGACAUGCUGGCACCAGGUGCCAGCCAACAGGUCACAGUCAAGAUUACUCGUCGCGAGCUUUCGCACUGGGAUGACCUUUUCCAUUGCUGGUCGGUGGAGUCGGGCAGCUGGAAAGCUUUCCUUAGUGACAAUGCACUUGCGGACGAGCAACUCGUGUACGAGUUUGAGGUCAAGGGACGUAACGAAUGGAACGGGUUGUAG